AUGACAAUCGCAUCCGUUCGAGAAUCAUUAUUCCUUCAAACUGUAAGACGACGGCGAAUUAUCUCCGCAUUGUACUCUAUAUCAGUGUACGGUACCAAGGUAACCUCGAGAAUGGAAGGACUGUACGUUUACUGUGGGGGUAUGGGUACUGAAGGGAUCGCAAAUGGUGGUCAGAGUGCUAUUACGGAUACACAACGGCUUGCGACCAAAGACCACAGACCACAUAUUAUUGUAUGGAGUAAUAAAUGCUCAAUCUAUUGA